AUGGGGGACGCUUCAAAGUACCAGUACAAGCACUUCAAAGUCGACUUCCCGGCGGAAUAUGUGGCGCAUGUGCAGCUAGAUAGGCCGGAGAAGAUGAAUUCGCUCAACCCGGCCAUGUGGGAGAACCUCCCCCUCCUUUUUAACCAGCUCUCGCGCGACGAAAACGUGCGCGCCGUCAUGCUCUCCGGCGCCGGCGACCGCGCCUUUUGCGCCGGCCUCGAUGUCACGUCCGAUGCAGCGGCCUCUGGCUGGCCGGAUUUCCCCGACCAUGCGCGCAAAAUCUGGGCCAUGAGGCGGCAUAUUGCGGAGUGUCAGGCGUCUAUUCGAUCGAUCGAGAAGUGUGAGAAACGUAGGUCUUUCUUUUCCACGGUAGUUGAUCUGCAUGGUGUAGUAUACGGUGGCGGUCUGGAAAUCCCGCUUGCUUGCGACAUUCGAUACUGCACGACAAACGCCAGAUUCUGCAUCAAGGAGACAGACGUGGGCCUUGCAAAUGUCGGCGGCCUCACCUGGCUCCCCAAAAUCGGCGUCAGCUACUCCUGGGCCAAAGAAAUGACCUACACGGCGAGAGUGUGGCAGGGCGAGGAGGCGCUGCGAGUCGGCUUUGUGAGCAAAGUCUUCGAAACCAAGGACGAGCUGUUGCAGAAUGGACUGGAGCUUGCGAAGGAGAUUGCGAGCAAGAGUCCGCUUGCGGUACAAGGGAGCAAGGCUAUCAUGGACUUUUCUCGCGAUCGGCCGGUGGAUGAUGGCCUGCAUUUCACUGCUACUUGGACGUCGGCGUUUGCGGAUGCCGAAGACGUCAAGACAGCCAUGACCAGCGGGCUGAAAAGGACGAAGCCGAAAUUCGCAAAGCUGUAA